AUGGAGGUGUCGUGGACGUUUGUGUUAUGGGUCGUGGUGCUUCUCCUGCUCUUCCACUACUUCAUCUUCAAACCCUUCCUCCACGGCAAGCUCCCUAUUCCGCUCGCCAAAUGGGUGGGGCGUGCCGUCCACUACCCCAAGCUUCCCUUUGUGAUAGACGAGGACGUGUACCUGGGCUGCCUUCCCACCUUCUGGAACCAGCAUCUCCUCUCGGACCUGCGCGUACGUGCCGUUGUGAACAUGUGCGACGAGGCCUACGGCCCCGCUGCGUUCUACAAGGAGAGCGGCAUCGAGCAACUGUAUCUUCCCACGGUGGACCACAUUGAGCCGACUGUGGAGGACAUGAAGACAGCAGUACAGUUCAUCGACCACAACGUGCAGCAGGGCAAGAAGGUCCUCAUUCACUGCAUGGCAGGCCGAGGGCGGAGCGCGGCUGUGGCGAUGGCGUGGCUGCUGUACCGCUUCAGGCAACUUGACUUGGACACGGCGCAGCAGCUCCUCCUGUCGAAGCGGGCCAUGGUGCGAGCCAAGCUCAACAAGCAGCGGAAUCUGAUUGCGUACCACUCUGAGCUGAGCAGCCAGCGUGCCAAACUGGUGAACUAA